CAUCAGGCCUGAUGCACGGAGUUCCAGCUCUCCUGCGUCACUCCAGUACCUCUUUGCCCUCUCCAGGUGGCCCCCACUGCUGAGGAAAAGUGAUGGAUUUCCCAGUCUCCCUGGACUCCUGCCAGCGAGUACGUCUUCCCAGCAGUCUCUCCUUCCUCACUCACCUCCUCCUCCUGCUUCAGCCCAGGGAGAUGCACUCAGAGGAAUUCAGGGUGGUAGGCCAUGGGGAACCCAUUCUGGCACACGUCGGGGAUGAGGUGGAAUUCCCGUGCCACCUGUCGCCGUACCGGGACGCCGAGCACAUGGAGAUCCGCUGGUUCCGGAGCCGGACCUCUGACGUGGUGCACCUGUAUCGGGAACGGCAGGAGUUCUAUGGCCAGCAGAUGGCGCAGUUCCAGAACAGGACCGAACUCGUCACGGACGAGAUCGCUGAUGGCAGCGUGACCCUGAGGCUCCACCCCGUGGUCCCCGCCGACGAGGGUCCAUACGGGUGCCGCUUCCUCUCCAGCGACUUCACUGGGGAAGCGGUCUGGGAGCUGGAGGUGGCAGGGCUGGGCUCGGACCCUCACAUCUCCCUUGAGGGCUUCAAGCAGGGAGGCAUUCAGCUAAGGUGCAGCUCCAGUGGCUGGUACCCCAAGCCACAGUCUCAGUGGACAGACCAUCAGGGACGAUGCCUGCCUCCAGAGACUGAAGUCAUCGUCAAGGAUGCCCAAGGCCUGUUCAGUCUGGAAACCUCUGUGGUCGUCCAAGGGGGGGCCCACAGCAAUGUGUCCUGCUCCAUCCAGAACCCCCUCCUGGGCCAGAAGAAAGAGUUCGUGGUCCAGAUAGCAGACGUAUUUUUACCCGGAACCUCUCCCUGGAAGAGAGCUUUCCUCGGGACUCUGGUGGGACCGCUGCUCGUCUUGGCUCUCCUCCCGACGCUGGCGCUGUACUUCUUUCGGAGGCAACGGAGGUCCCAAGAAAAGCUGAAGAAGCAAGUGGAGAAGGACAAAGGGAAACUCACAGAAGAGCUGGGGAAACUUCAAGUGGAGCUGGACUGGAGAAGGGCUGAAGGCCAGGCUGAGUGGAGAGCAGCCCAACAACAUGCAGUGGAUGUGACCCUGGAUCCUGGCUCCGCCCACCCCAGCCUGGAGGUCUCCGAGGAUGGCAAGAGCGUGUCCUCCCGCAGGAUGGCGUCAGGCUCAGCGGCCGGUGACCCCCAGCGGUUCUCCGAGCAGAUGUGCGUUCUAAGCCGGGAGCGCUUCUCCACGGGCCGCCACUACUGGGAGGUGCACGUGGGCCGCCGCAGCCGCUGGUUCCUAGGUGCGUGCCUGGCAGCGGUGCCGCGCGCAGGGCAGGCGCGCCUGAGCCCGGCGGGUGGCUACUGGGUGAUGGGGCUGUGGAACGGCUGCGAGUACUUCGUGCUGGAUCCGCACCGCAUCGCGCUCACCAUGCGCGUGCCACCCCGGUGCGUGGGCAUCUUUCUGGACUGCGAGGCGGGAAGGCUGUCCUUCUUCAAUGUAUCCAAUGGCUCCCACAUCUUCACCUUCACGGACACCUUCUCUGGGGCACUCUGCGCGUAUUUCAGGCCUCGAGCCCAUGACGGCAGCGAACACCCAGAUCCACUUACCAUCUGCCCAUUGCCAGUUAGAGAGAAACGCGUCCCCGAAGAGGAGGACAGUGACACCUGGUUACAACCCUAUGAGCCCUCGGACCCCGCCCUGGCCAUGUGGUGAGGCGCCCUCGUGGCCACAGGACUGGGUCC